GAUACCGUAACAGAGGAGUGUUGCUGGAUAAGGCUUCAGUUAAGGAGCAGGAUGUAUACGCUGCUGUCAGGGUUCUACAAAUACAUGUUCCAGAGGGAUGAGUACUGCAUCUUGAUCCUGGGUUUGGACAAUGCUGGUAAAACUACCUUCCUUGAACAAACUAAAACUCGAUUUAACAAGAACUACAAAGGGAUGAGUUUGUCCAAAAUCACAACCACUGUAGGCUUAAACAUUGGUACUAUUGACGUUGGCAAAACUCGGCUGAUGUUCUGGGAUCUUGGUGGACAGGAGGAGCUACAGUCUCUUUGGGACAAGUAUUAUGCUGAAUCUCACGGUGUGAUCUACGUGAUUGACUCCACUGAUGAGGAGAGGCUCGCAGAAUCUAAAAGAGCUUUCGAGAAGAUGAUUACCAGCGAAGCUCUGGAAGGGGUUCCUAUUCUGGUGUUAGCUAACAAGCAGGAUGUAGAGACUUGUCUGUCGAUACCUGACAUCAAGACAGCGUUUAGUGACUGCAUUAACAAAAUCGGGAAGAGAGACUGCCUGACACAAGCCUGCUCUGCUCUCACUGGCAAAGGAGUGAACGAGGGAAUUGAGUGGAUGGUGAAGUGCGUGGUGAGGAAUAUUCAUCGGCCCCCGAGAAAGAAGGACAUCACGUAAGAAAUUCCAAGUCAACCAAGGAGCGGACAGUCUCUUUCCACACAGUUCUUUUUAAAGAAGGUGGUCCACUGGAUUCCUAUUACACCUGAUUCUUUCC